AUUAAUUUAAAACGUUAUACUUAUUAGCCACUACGCAACGAAUAAAAUUUAAAGAAAUAAUAAAAAAGAAUUUCCUAUUUAAGUGAAAAAUGUAAACGUAUUUAUAGAAGAAAUUAAAAAAAAAAUAGAAAUUAUAACAAAUAAAAGUUAAAUUAACAAAAAAAGCUUUGUUUGGCUUUCUAUUGUCGAUUUGUAAAAAACAAAAAAAAACUAUAAAAUUUUUUCAACAAAACUAAACCAGAGAAUAACAAAAAAAAAAUUCAUUCAAGUUUUUUUAUCGUUGCGAUAUCAGCAGUUAUAAUAUUCGCUCUGCAAACUAUGACGCUGAAUUUCUUAUAAACUACAAAAAAAUCACUAAAUUGAAUUUGUUUUUGCAGUCAACUAUAAAAACUACAACUAUAAAAGGCUCCCAGUAGGCAGGAAAGUACACUGGUUAUUGUACAUGAGCAUGAUAACUUGUAUUGCAAAAGAAAUAAUCAUUCCAAGAACAAUACAAUACAAUAUAAAUAAAUAAAUAAAUAAAUAAAAAAGCGAGAGAUUUAAGAAAAUAUUAAAAAUUGAAAUAAAAACGUUAAAAAUUUCAAUUGAGUCAUCAAGAAAACAGCAGUUAAUAUAUUUUGCUCAACACAAAGAAAUUUAGUUUAUGACAACCUAGAUGCUGUUGUAAAAAGUUGAUUAUGUUUUGAAAAAAACAAUUGUAUUUAAUUUAAAUAUUAUUAUUUACAUAUGUCAACUAUUCGCACGUACAUAUGUUAUGCACUGCCGAGAGAUUUUUUGAGCAAAAUUUAAAAUUUAACUUUUUAAUAAUUAAGAGCUAAAUAGUAGUAAUAAAAAUGCUGAGCAUGAAUUUAUUUUUAAUUUUAAGUUGCAGUCUGGUGACUGUAACUUUAAUCACAAAUACAGUGGCCGAACUUUAUGAUCAGGAUAUUAAAGGUCCCAAUGUUUGUAAGAAAAAAGAAGUCUAUCCCGUGGAAAUUGUCACCACUGAAUUACAAAACUAUCAGGUUCGUGGCAAUAUUUGGUGUUUCAAUGUACCACCAAGAUGUUCCACGUAUACACUAAAACAAAAGGUGGUCAAUAAAACAACAACUUUGACCAAGGAGCGCAUUGUUUAUGAUUGUUGUGAUGGCUAUAAAUUAAGUCCUUCUGGUCAUGGCUGUAUAGCAGACUGUAAAGAUAAAUGUGUUCACGGUACAUGUGUAGCACCCAAUAAAUGUAAAUGUGAACAUGGCUAUGGUGGACCUACGUGUGAUAUAAAUUGUCCUACCGGGUAUUGGGAUGUUGAUUGUAAAAAACAAUGUGAUUGUUAUAAUAAUGCUACUUGUGAACCCUAUACGGGAGCCUGUCAAUGUGAUAAAGGAUAUACGGGAGAGAAAUGUCAAGAUGUAUGCCCUAAGGGUUAUUAUGGUGCUGGUUGUAUGGAGGAAUGUCGUUGUGAGAAUGGUGGCUCAUGUCAUCAUGUUUCGGGUGAAUGUAUUUGCAUGCCCGGCUAUACAGGACCACUAUGCGAAGAUCAGUGUCCCGACGGUAAACAUGGUGCUCAAUGUACCCAAGAUUGUCGCUGUCAAAACGAUGGCAAAUGUGAUCCUCAAAAUGGUGAAUGUAUGUGUCCGGAUGGAUGGACGGGAGAUGUAUGUGCAAAUAAAUGUCCCACCGGUACAUAUGGUGCAAAUUGUGAGAAACCUUGUGAGUGCUUUAAAGCUGCUCCCUGUCAUCAUAUAACGGGUAAAUGUGAAUGUCCCCCCGGCUAUAUGGGUGAUCGUUGCUUCGAUGAGUGUCCUAGUAAUUUGUAUGGCUUAAAUUGUACACAAGAAUGUCAAUGUUUAAAUGAUGCCGUUUGUGACAAGGCCACGGGAGAGUGCAAAUGUCGUCCCGGUUGGACAGGUGUAGAUUGUGGUGAACGUAUUUGUGCCGCUAAUGAAUAUGGUGAAAAUUGCACCAAAACCUGUGAAUGUGAAAUGCAAUAUACUGAAUUGUGUCAUCCGGAAAAUGGUAAAUGUUUGUGUCAAGUAGGCUGGAGUGGUACACUAUGCAAUAGACCUUGCGCCUUCCUUAAGUACGGAGCAAAUUGUGAAUUGAACUGUAAUUGUAAAAAUAAUGCCAAAUGUAAUCCCAUUAAUGGCUCUUGUAUUUGCGCGGCCGGCUAUAAGGGAGAAACCUGUGAAGAACAAUGUGAUGAAGGUUACUAUGGACAAAAUUGCGCUAAUAAAUGUGACUGUAAAAAUGGUGCCCUGUGUGCUCCCGAAACGGGUCAAUGUUUCUGUAAACCUGGUUGGAAAAAUAUUAAAUGUGAUCGCCCCUGUGAUUUAAAUCAUUAUGGUCAAGAUUGUAAUAGCGUGUGCGAGUGUAAGAAUAAUGCCGCCUGUAAUCCCACCGAUGGUGCUUGUACCUGUGCUGCCGGCUUUAAGGGUGAAAAAUGUGAACAUAAAUGUGAUUAUGGCACCUUUGGUCUGGACUGCGCACAACAGUGUGAAUGUGAUUUUAAUAAUACCAUCGCUUGUGAAUCGACUGAUGGCAAAUGUAUUUGCAAACAGGGAUGGGGAGGCGUUCAUUGUGAAACUAACUGUCCUACGGGUUAUUAUGGUGAAUCUUGUGAUCAAGUUUGCAGAUGUAAAAAUAAUUCCUCUUGUGAUCCCGAUACGGGCCGUUGCAUCUGUUCGGCCGGCUGGACUGGUGAUGAUUGCUCGCAACCCUGUGAGUACGGUUUCUAUGGUUAUGGCUGCAAGGAGAAAUGUCCCUCUAUAGUACAUGGCAAUAAAAGUUGUGAUCAUAUUACCGGAGAGAUAAGAUGUCGUGAUGGUUAUAUUGGUUUGACCUGUGAACAUCCCUGUCCACCCGGUUACUUUGGCACGGGCUGUACUAGCAAGUGUAAUUGUCAACAUGGUGGUGAGUGUAAUCAUAUAACGGGUACAUGUCAUUGCAUGCCAGGCUGGACGGGUUUGAGUUGUAAUAUAACCUGUGAGGAAGGUUUCUAUGGACAGAAUUGUUCACAACAGUGUCAUUGUCAAAAUGAUAAUGGUUGCCGCAAGAAUGAUGGUUUGUGUAUUUGUAAACCCGGCUGGAUGGGUACCAGAUGUGAUGAAGUUUGUCCCGAGGGUUUCUAUGGCGAACACUGUAUGCGCUCUUGUCAAUGUCCUUCUCCCAACUUUGUUUGUCAGGCUACCGAUGGCUGUGUUUGCCGCAAAGGUUUUACCGGAGAAAAUUGUGAUAUCCUUAAGGCGGAACAACGUAUACAGGAGGCAGAAGUUGAAACAGGUCGUGCAGGCUUAGCUUGGGGUUUAUCAUUGGCCAUUCUAUUUGUUGCCGUCAUUAUAGCCGUCAUCUUCUAUUAUCGUCGUCGUGUUUCUAAUUUGAAAACUGAAAUAGCUCAUGUCCAAUACAUAAGUGAUCCCACUCAGGGCUGGCCCGAACGUCACAAUUUCGAUAAUCCUGUCUAUGGCAUGCAACAAAAUAAUCCAGAAACUAGAUUAUUAAACAAUUUAAGACCCAAGAUUAAUAAUCUCAAUUUAGUGGGUACAGAUAUGUAUGCCGAUGAUUCAAAUGCCAGCAGUAGGGCUGGUACCUAUUCUAUUAAUUAUAAUCAUGAUAUGUCGGCCAAGAAUCUAAAUGCCGAUUUAACUAAUCCCAAUGUUUAUAACUCUAUAGAGGGUUUAAAGGAAGAACAUGUUUAUGAUGAAAUUAAACAAAAAGAGGGUUAUAAAGAUCCUGUCAAAAUUUAUAAUAAAAAUCUAUUUCCGGAGGAUGAAUACGAUCAUUUGGACUACUCCAGACCGAGUACAUCACAAAAACCUCACUAUCAUCGUAUGGACGAUUCCACUAUACUCAAUAUCAAUCGUGAUGAAGAAAAACCCAGUAAUUUAAAAGUUCUCUUAAAGAAAUGUGAACUCGAAAAUGGCAACGAAACUGAAAAUGAAGAUAAUGCCAAUUGUAAUAACAGUGUUUGUGAUGAUAAUGCCUCAACAGCUACACCCUCAACAAGCUCAGAACAUAUCAAAUAAAAUAGUUGUGUGAAGUAAAUGCAAAUUGAAAAAAAAAAUAAAUAAAACAAAAGAAAAUCUGUAGGAAAUACAAAAAAUUUGCUCAAAAGUUUUAAAAUUUAAUUAUAAAAUAAACCUAGAGUCAGAGUUUUUAAAAAAAAGAAAA